UAUACCAGGUCCAACAGAAACCUUGAUCUCCACAAAUCUAUCUUAAACUCCAUGUAUGUUCCCACCAUGAAACAAACUAACAUCUUCCAAGAUAUUCUUGUAAGUUGUUACUCAAGAAGAUUACUACUUGAACAAUCACCAAGUCCGACACCGUCCCCAUAUGUAGAAGAUAACAACUUUGAUGCAAAUGUUGUUAUGGUCCUAUCAGUCCUCUUGUGUGCAUUCCUUUGCUCACUUGGACUCAAUUCUAUAAUAAGAUGUGCCUUGAUGUGCUCCAGUUUAGCACCAUCGGAAGCUGAUAACAACCAAACAGCAGCUCGCAUGACCAACACAGGAGUCAAACGGAAAGCCUUGAAGAGUUUCCAGACAAUAAGUUACGCUGCUGAUCUGAAUCUUCCUGGCCUAGACACAGAGUGCGUCAUAUGUCUCUCAGAGUUCGUAUCCGAAGAGCGUGUGAAGCUGCUGCCGACAUGCCACCAUGGAUUCCAUGUCCGGUGUAUAGACAAGUGGCUUAGUUCACAUUCAUCAUGUCCAACGUGCAGACACUGCCUCGUGGAGACCUGCCAGAAGAUUGCCGACUGCAGCCAAACAAGGUCGUUGAACCCUCCUCAACCACCACAAGACAGCAUCAUCGUGCAAAUAGCACCACUACAACCAGAAAGAUGGAUACGCUGUUUUAGGUGACACUAGUCACCUAGAGAUAGUAGCAGUUAUCUUGUUUAAAACUACUAUGUGUUUAGAAUUAGUCAAGAUCACUAGCGGUCUACAAGUUUAGCAAUUCUACUGUAAAACUGUAAAUAUUACGAGAAAUGUUACUUUUUCGCAUCUUGAUGUGACCUCCUAAAA